AUGAUUGAAGGAGAAGUGAGUGAAAUAGAAACCAAAUACAACAAUGAGAAGAAGCGGGGAUGGAGAUUGGAUCGCCUUGCAAAUCUCAGUAGAGACAUGGCCGAGAAGUGUAACCAAGUUCGUAGUCAUCGGGAAGAGGGAAACCUUCAGAAAGCAACAUUGGUCAUGGAAUUGCCAGUGCCUUGGAGCGAAAGAAAGUUGCGAGAUGCAAUCCUACAACGGGUAAAAUUGGAUGUGGAAGGCAUUGCUGAUAUUGAAGAAGCUGCUUUGAGAAUAUCAGAAGAAUUGAAGGAGAAGAAGUAUUUGAUUCUUUUGGAUGAAGUGUGGGAUAUGAUUGAUCUAAACAGAAUAAUAGGAAUUGAUGAUAACCAGAAGGGCAGCAAGAUGGUGUUGGCGAGUAGAUAUGAUGAUGUUCGUCAUGAUAUGGAAGUCGAUGUGGAACGAUUGUCACUUACUGAUUCUUGGAACAUGUUUGAAGAAAAAGUAGGCCACCUCAUUUCUAAUCCCUUAAUUGAACCAAUAGCUUGGUGUGUGGUUGAAGAGUGUCAUGGGUUGCCGCUGCUGAUAGACAGAGUCACAAGAACUUUCAGAAAGAAAGAGAAAAAUGUUUCGCGUUGGGAGGAUGGAUUGAAACGUUUGCAAAGAUGGGACAGUAUCAAAAUUGAAGGCAUGAAUGAAGUGCUAGAACGCUUAGAGAUUUGUUAUGAGGAUUUAAAAGAUGAUGAACAGAAGGUUUGCUUUUUGUGUGGUGCAUUGUAUCCUGAAGAAAGCGAGAUCUAUGUAGAUUACUUGCUAGAAAGUUGGAGAGCUGAAGGUUUUAUUAAUCAUGCAAACGAUUUCAAACAAGAACGUAAUAGAGGGCAUACAGUACUGAAUGAGCUCAUCAAGGUAUCGUUGCUAGAGAGAAGUGGUAAAAGUAAAUGUGUUAAGAUGAACAAAGUGCUUCGAAAAAUGGCACUCAGAAUAUCAUCACAAAGUACAAAUUCCAAAUUAUUGGUGAAGCCACAUGAGGGGUUAGAAGAUUUCCCAAGGAAGGAAGAAUGGGAACAUGCCAAUCGGAUUUCUUUGAUGGAUAACCAACUAAGCACUUUACCAAAAACACUAGAUUGUCGCAAUCUGUUAAUGUUGUUGCUUCAAAGAAAUAAGUACUUGACUUCUAUUCCUGAGUUGUUCUUCAAAUCUAUGUGUCGUCUCCAAGUUCUUGAUCUCCAUGGCACUAAGAUUGCAGUAUUGCCUUCAUCUUCAUCCAACUUGAUUUGCCUCAAAGCACUAUAUUUGAAUUCGUGCUUUGAUUUGAUAGAAAUCCCAUCUAGUGUGGAAGCACUUAAGCAUCUUGAAGUGCUGGAUAUUCGAAAGACCAAACUUAAUUUACUCCAAAUUGGAAGUUUAAUAUGGUUGAAGUGCUUAUGA